UGUGAUUAAAUAGACUACCACCACUAUUAAUACUACUAACACUGUUACAUUAUUCUUUAUAAAAAUUUUUUCGUAAGUACUCGUUAUUAGUUGUUUUUAUUUAGUAAGAGGAUAUAUUUAAUAAUUAUUCAAACGGGGAGGUUUAAGUGAAAAAAUAAGUUACGUAUGAUUUUAGUAAAAGCAAAAAAAUUAGUCGACGAGGAUGGGAUUCGAACCCACGCGUGCAGAGCACAUUGGAUUAGCAGUCCAACGCCUUAACCUCUCGGCCACCUCGUCCGCUGAUUCACGGAGCGAACUGUUCUUGGAACAGGGGUGGCCACCCUCGACUAAUAAAAAUUAAUACUUCUUCAUAGCAUCGUUCAAAAAAAGAAUAAAAAACUUUCUGAUCGAAUUAUACUGUCCGAAAAAAUUCUCAACAAUUUUAAUAAAAAUUAAACCAAAAACUAUAAAACUACGCCUUUGCUACGUACACGGACGUUCCCGUCGUUCAAUUGACAUCUACUUUAAUUACAAAUUACUUCAGUGUAAUUACUAUUGUCACCCAGCAACUAAAACAAAAUUUCUCAAGACCAAGUCUCCAAUAUUCAGUUGGAUUCAGUCGUUCAUCUUGUCAACUGGAUUCGUCGAUCUCAGGUCCCCUCCAGGUCCCUAAAAUCAUCGAGGAAUCAGCAAAAUGCGUGAAGUACUCUCAGUUCACAUUGGCCAAGGCGGCGUUCAAAUGGGAAACGCUUGCUGGGAGUUAUACUGUCUGGAACAUGGCAUACAACCCGACGGCAUGCUACCACCUCAAGGGUGCACCAACGACGAAGGGUUUCAAACUUUCUUCAGUGAAACGGGUGGCGGAAAAUACGUUCCUCGUGCCGUGUUUUUGGACCUCGAACCCACGGUCAUAGACGAAGUACGAACGGGAACCUACCACCAGCUCUUCCAUCCGGAGCAACUGAUCUCUGGCAAGGAAGACGCUGCGAACAAUUACGCCAGGGGUCACUACACCCUAGGCAAGGAGAUAAUCGACCUCGUGCUGGACAGGAUCCGCAAGAUCGCUGACAUGUGCAGCGGUCUGCAAGGAUUCCUCAUCUUCCACGCCUUCGGCGGUGGCACCGGAUCAGGAUUCACCAGUUUGCUGAUGGAGCGCCUCUCCAUGGACUACGGGAAGAAGGCGAAGCUCGAAUUCGCGAUAUACCCCUCCCCACAGAUCUCCACCGCGGUGGUGGAACCCUACAACGCGAUCCUGACCACGCACACCACCCUGGAGCACUCCGACUGCGCGUUCCUGGUAGAUAACGAGGCCAUCUACGACAUCUGCAGGCGGAACCUGGACAUAGAGAGGCCAACGUACACGAACCUGAACCGACUGAUCGGUCAGAUCGUCUCCUCCAUCACAGCUUCCUUGAGGUUCGACGGGGCCCUCAACGUCGACCUGACGGAGUUCCAGACGAACCUGGUCCCCUAUCCAAGGAUCCACUUCCCCCUGGCGACGUACGCGCCAAUAGUCUCCAUCGAGAAGGCCUACCACGAGCAGCUCACCGUCAUGGAGCUGACGUCAUCCUGCUUCGAGCCCGCCAUGCAGAUGGUCAAGUGCAAUCCCCAGAGGGGGAAGUACAUGGCGUGUUGCCUGCUCUACAGGGGCGACGUGGUGCCCAAAGACGUCAACGCGUCCAUCGCCACGAUCAAGACCAAGAGGGCCAUUCAGUUCGUCGACUGGUGCCCUACCGGGUUCAAGGUGGGUAUCAACUAUCAGCCACCGACCGUGGUACCAGGUGGGGAUCUUGCCAAAGUGCAGCGCGCCAUGGCGAUGCUUGCAAACACAACUGCAAUUGCAGAGGCGUGGACACGGUUGAACAGAAAAUUCGAUCUGAUGUUUGGCAAAAAAGCAUUCGUCCACUGGUACGUUGCGGAGAGUAUGGAUGAGAGCGAAUUCGAGGAGGCGAGGGAAGACUUGGCUGCCUUAGAAAAAGACUACGAAGAAGUUGGCAUGGACUCGACGGACGCUGGAGAGGGUGAAGAUGAAAAUUAGACGAAUCAGAUUUCUUUAACGGAACUUUUUUCCGUUAUCGGACUGGUCCGACUGAAGCAACGAAUUCUUUUCGUAUUGCCGUGUACAAUGAUUUCGUUAGUUUUCUUUGUAUUCGUCCUGUACAUCGUUUUAAUAGGUAAUCUUAUUUUUAGCGUACUUGUACAUCUAUUUUUAUACCGCGAAUAAAGCUUUACUUUUAA